AUGAGUUGGAGUCGACCCGUUCCUGACUAUUCGUCCGACAUACGGCUGGGGAUUGUGAUGUAUGGUGGCGUUUCGCUAGCCGUCUAUAUCAACGGAGUAGCCGGAGAACUUUUCAACUUAACCUGCUCCACCCCAGCCGAAUCGGUGCAACUUGAAACUGACAGUGAACCACAGACUCGUCCCAUCUACCGAAUCCUCGAUUCGCAGACUCAAAAGCUUCUCUCUUCAAGGCCCCCCGUUCGGUUCGUUGUCGACGUCAUCUCCGGCACAUCUGCUGGUGGCCUGAACGGCUUAUGCCUGGCUAAAGCCAUCGCAAAUGGCGAAGAUUUCGGUGCCUUGUCAGAACUAUGGAUUAAGGAAGCGGAUCUUUCAAUUCUGCUGAACGACAACAAGAGUUUUGAAGGCCUAAGAGGCCAGUCGCGUAAGGGCGAGACGCCAACCUCACUUCUCAAUAGCGAUCGGCUUUACGAAAAACUGUUUGACGUGCUCAAGAGCAUGAAGAAGCUCGAUUUCGUCGGAGGAACUGAUGCCAGCAUCAGCCCCCUAAGUGAUGGGGUCGAUCUAUCCGUUACCACGACCGAUAUUGAAGGCGUGCCGGUGCCCUUGCGGUUGUUCGAUAGGGUGGUAAACGAACGCCGACAUCGAGUCCGAUUCCGAUUUCGGGCUAUGCCGGGCGAUUCAGAGCAAAACAACGCGUUCGCCGCUCAAAAUUUGCCCCUAAUGGCUUUUGUGGGCAGAAGCACUUCGUCUUUCCCGGUCGCUUUUGAACCGAUGAGGCUGGAUGAUCUCUCUCGGCUAGAGAACAUACCGUCCGAAUCGCUCAAGCAAUGGAAUGCAUAUUUCGAUAGUUUUCCUGCGAAGCUGGUCGAAGAUGGCGAGCAUAUCGAGCGUAGCUUUGGCGAUGGUGGGUAUCUAGACAACAAGCCCUUUAGCUACGUGGUUCAAGCGCUGUCCGAAAUCGAAACAGCCAGAGCAGGGCGGCGUCAGCUAAUCUACAUUGAACCUUCUCCAAAGCAAAUCGAUCAGAAAGCAUCGGAUUACGAAAGACCCGAUGCCAUCGAAAAUUCUGUCGCCGCUCUUUUACAAAUUCCUCGUUAUGAAACCAUACGAGAGGAUCUCAAUACCGUCAUUGCUCGUAAUCGCAUGAUUGAGCGAAUCGAGCAUCUCGUCCGAUUGGGUGAGGGCGAUAUAAAGCGCAAUCCGGCUGCAUUCGAUAACAUCGAAAGCCCGGAUGGCACGAUACCAAAUUGGAAUGCUAUCGGCCUUUCCCAGAUGAUCGCCUACUACGGCAUCUCGUUUUUGCCCUAUCGACGAUUAAGGGUCUACGCCGUCACCGAUGAGCUUGCCCGUCGACUGGGCAGCGCAUUAGGAUUGGACGUUGACUCUGAUCAUUUUCAAUCGAUUCGUGCUGUUGUACGAGCAUGGCGCGAUCGACACUACGGCGAAGAAGUAGGCGACAGACCCAAGACCCAGAACGCCUUUCUUGGCGAAUUCGAUAUUGAUUACCGAUACCGACGUCUAGGUUUCCUCAGUCGGCGGGUAGCUGAGCUCAUUCCGACUGGCAUUGAAUUAGCUUCAGUCGAUGAACUGCAAAAAACACUGCAGAUCCUACGCAUCAUCUACCGGGAAAUGACGAGGGCUCGUCGGCAUCUUAUUCAGGGAUCACGACAGUCUGUUGAUCUAGGCGACGCUAGCGCGUCAGCCUUACGAGCCGAAGCUAAGUUCUUGGCCGACUAUUUGCUACUAGGGGCUAUUGACCCCACCAAGCCAUCUGGAUCGCUGGGUACUAUGCCAGAGCGAAUGGCUGGCCCAGCCUCUAGGUGGAUUGAGCAAGGCGAACCAGGCGGGUGUGAAACCCUUCACGGUCGGCUAGACAGUUAUCUUGACUCACUGCGCUAUAGAAGCCUCGUCUCAACGGAGGACCGAAGCCUUGUUUUUUCCUUGCUCGGACGGCCCAAGCUUAGUCGAACAGUCGAUGCCGACAACAAGCCUGUCACGUUCAUAAAUGUGCGCGAUGCUGAACUACUCAAUGGUGAACCACACGAAGCGCAACAACUCAAUUCAGCAAUCGGCCUAAAACUCCGUCGAUUCCUAUCCGACUACCACGUUAGAUUUGAUUCAUAUGACCAAAUGGGGUUUCCACUGCAGCACCGGACAAUUGCAGGUGAUACCGCUGCUGUCGAUCUUGUCAGAAUCAGUCCCUCAGACGCAACGGCGCUGGUUAACGAGGCGGGCAAGUCAGCAUCAGGCAAAAAACUAGCUGGUACUGCUCUUGGAAACUUUGGGGCCUUCCUGGAUAGACGUUGGCGAACCAACGAUCUUAUGUGGGGCCGGCUCGAUGGGGCAGAACGCCUUAUCCACUCAACGCUUAGCGGUGAUGACGCAUCCUCUCAAGCAUUACGCAAAAUCCUGACAUCGGCUGCUCACGAAGCAAUAUUGGAUGAGUCAUUCGGUCAAGACGCGAUAAAGGACCCCCUAUCGGCCCUUCGGUCAGUUUUAGAUGAACUGAAGAUCAAUGAUGAUGCUUCACGGCAGCGAUUGACCGCCGUCCUAUCCUCCUUUUUGAGCCCAAGCAGCCUAGUGGACUACUUGCAGCAUAACUACGCAAAACCGCAGACGCCUGAUCGAGAGAGCACGUUUUCUAACCUGGCGCGAGGCGUUUCCAUUUUUGGUCGAGUACUGGGUGGCAUUAGUGAGCGGCAAGAAAAGCGGUCCGGUGUUGCAAGUGCAUCCGCUUGGAUUGCGCGGCUUGGACUGAUCCUUCAAGGGUUUGUCGCCAUAUCGCUGCCCGGUAGUCUUCGUCAAAAAUGGGCGCGCUCAGUAUUUCAAUCGAUCUAUAUUAUUGGGGGUUUCGUUUUUCUAUCGGCCCUAGUGUUGGGAAAGCCGGAUGUAGUCUCAGUGGCCAUAACGGCACUGAUCUUGACCGGCGCAACACAAGUCAUCACGCUCCUAGCUUCUGAUGCGAUGCGUGACAAACUGUCACUGGCAAAAUCUACCAGCUUAAAAGUCCUCGUAGCGAUAUUGGGUGGGGCGAUUCUAUUGGCGUUAUUCACCGGCGUUAGCGCCAUCAUUCACGAUGGCGUGUUCGGUAUCUUCUGUGAUUACAUCACCUGUGAGAUUUCUUAG